UUCAAUUACUUUUCUGCCAAUUAUUAUUUUAUUAAUUUUCCUUUUUCAUUAUUAUUAUUAUUAUUUUUAUUUUUGUUUUUCUUUAACGACGUGAACAUGGUGAUGCUGUGAAUGUAAUGCUCACCGCCAUUAAUGCUGCACUUGAUUUAAAUUCAGACAUUCAUAUAUUUAUUUUGGGCUUCAAUCGUAUCCUUCUUAAGCAACGCUGUUUCGUUCAUUUUCAGCUGCCCAUCGCAUUCUCAAUCAGAAUUCAGGAGUUUUUGAGCUGCUGCUUUGUUUUUGGCCUUAAUUGUUUCAAAUUUUGGAUUAAUUAUGUCUUAAUGAGAUCCAGAUUGAAGUUAGAGUGAAUAGAUAAAGAGUGAAGAUGGGUGAGAGCCAGAAGUUCCAGCUGGGGACUAUUGGGGCUUUGAGUCUGUCGGUGGUGUCCUCUGUCUCCAUUGUGAUUUGCAACAAGGCGCUAAUUAGCACUCUGGGUUUCACUUUUGCUACAACUUUGACAAGUUGGCAUCUUCUGGUCACAUUUUGUUCCCUUCAUGUGGCACUAUGGAUGAAAAUGUUUGAACAUAAGCCUUUUGAUGCCAGAGCUGUGAUGGGGUUUGGUAUCUUAAAUGGAAUCUCCAUUGGACUUCUGAAUCUCAGCUUGGGAUUUAACUCUGUCGGUUUCUACCAGAUGACGAAACUGGCAAUCAUCCCCUGUACUGUUCUUUUGGAGACCCUAUUCUUUAGGAAGAAAUUCAGUAGGACAAUCCAGUUUUCUCUUACCAUCCUUCUUUUGGGAGUUGGAAUUGCUACAGUUACUGAUCUUCAGCUCAAUGCCUUGGGUUCCUUCUUGUCCCUGCUUGCAGUUCUUACAACCUGUGUUGCUCAGAUUAUGACCAAUAGUAUCCAAAAGAAGUUCAAAGUUUCUUCAACCCAACUCCUGUAUCAGUCUUGCCCCUACCAAGCAAUGACUCUGUUCAUUGUUGGUCCAUUUUUAGAUGGGCUUUUGACAAAUCUGAAUGUAUUUGCUUUCAAGUAUACCCCUCAAGUGCUGUUCUUUAUUGUUCUAUCCUGCCUGAUAUCGGUCUCUGUAAACUUCAGUACAUUUCUGGUUAUUGGGAAAACAUCUGCAGUAACCUAUCAGGUCCUUGGACAUCUCAAGACAUGCCUAGUAUUGGCAUUCGGCUAUGUUCUACUUCACGACCCAUUUAGCUGGCGCAACAUUUUAGGAAUCUUGAUUGCUGUAGUCGGGAUGGUACUCUAUUCUUAUUUUUGCAAUCUUGAGAGCCAACAGCAGAAGGCCAGUGAAGCUUCUGUACAGUCACAGGUGAAAGAAACCGAAUCAGAUCCUUUAUUAAGCGUGGAAAAUGGAGGUGGGAUGCUCGGGGAUGGUCCAAAAGCUCCUGUGUGGAAUUCAAACAAAGACCUGCAUGCUUAAAGCAAUUGUAAUGUUUUUUUCCCGAUUCAGAUUCAUUUGGCGUUAGAUCAUAUAUGGUAGACAAAGCUGUCCCAGCGAUGAAGAUGUUGCUGGAAAGUGUUUUUUCCAUAUGUUGCAAUGCAUCGCAACAGUUUGUGUAAUUGGAGAAUACUACAACUUGUAAUGUAGAAUUAGUUUUUCACAGCCGAAGCAUGCCCCUUUUAUAUAGCAGUUUUGAUUAUUAAUUUUGUAUGAAUCAGGAAUGGAAAUGAGCAUUUUGUACCAGAUUUUGGUAUUUUCUAGUGUAUAA